CCCGAAUCCCUAAUGGAGGUCGAGGAUUGGAUCCCUCAUCCGGACAUUCUAACGGAAGGAAGCAGCCAAUCCCAGCCGAAGUUGGCUCCGUUAAUGGGCUCGCCCUCCCAAGCUGGUGAUCGAGAUCCACGCGGUCGAAAAAAUCCCCUCAAGAGCAUGCGGCCAGGCAAAAAGUCGAAGUAA